GUUUCAUCUUUUUAUGUCAACAUUUUCCUAUCAUCAUCAUCAUUAUCAUCAUCAUCAUCAUCAUCAUCAUCAUCAUCAUCAUCAUCAUCAUCAUCAUCAUCAUCAUCAUCAUCAUCAUCAUCAUCAUCAUCAUCAUCAUCAUCAUCAUCAUCAUCAUCAUCAUCAUCAUCAUCAUCAUCAUCAUCAUCAUCAUCAUCAUCAUCAUCAUCAUCAUCAUCAUCAUCAUCAUCAUCAUCAUCAUCAUCAUCAUCAUCAUCAUCAUCAUCAUCAUCAUCAUCAUCAUCAUCAUCAUCAUCAUCAUCAUCAUCAUCAUCAUCAUCAUCAUCAUCAUCAUCAUCAUCAUCAUCAUCAUCAUCAUCAUCAUCAUCAUCAUCAUCAUCAUCAUCAUCAUCAUCAUCAUCAUCAUCAUCAUCAUCAUCAUCAUCAUCAUCAUCAUCAUCAUCAUCAUCAUCAUCAUCAUCAUCAUCAUCAUCAUCAUCAUCAUCAUCAUCAUCAUCAUCAUCAUCAUCAUCAUCAUCAUCAUCAUCAUCAUCAUCAUCAUCAUCAUCAUCAUCAUCAUCAUCAUCAUCAUCAUCAUCAUCAUCAUCAUCAUCAUCAUCAUCAUCAUCAUCAUCAUCAUCAUCAUCAUCAUCAUCAUCAUCAUCAUCAUCAUCAUCAUCAUCAUCAUCAUCAUCAUCAUCAUCAUCAUCAUCAUCAUCAUCAUCAUCAUCAUCAUCAUCAUCAUCAUCAUCAUCAUCAUCAUCAUCAUCAUCAUCAUCAUCAUCAUCCUGA